AUGAAGGUCUUCACCUCUGUUCUUACUCUCACUGCUGUCAUGGCCAGCACUGUUUCUGGAUGCUCCAGUUGCAAUGACUGCCCUGGUGAUCAAGUUUGCUUUUUUGCUGCGAGCACCGGUACUGGUGGUAUUGGCUCAUGUGUUGAGCCCAACUCCGACUUUUGCUCUGCCGGAGAGGGAUUCUGCGAUACCCUUACCUGCGAUUAA